CCCUUUUGGAAAGCUAGUUCCCGACUCGGGCGGAGGGCUCUAUUGUUAUUUAUUGUGUGGCAGUGUUGCACGCUGUGCCUACUGCAUGGGGCUGGCUGGCUGGUUAGAAAGGGAGCGAGGGGACUGAGUGAGGCAAGGAGAGAAGGAAGGGAGGGACAGGCAGGCAGAGACAGACAGACAGGCAGGCUCCCUCCCUCACUUACCCACCCGUUCGCCCGCCCGCCCGCAGUGGGGGGAGCCCCUUAGCUGGCACCGCCAGGCCGUUUCCAGCGGAGCCCAAAGUUUUGCCUGCGGGAGAGCACAGGAGCAACUGCAGCCUUUUGCUUAGGAGCUGAGUGCUGACCGUGGCGAUCACACCGUUGCAGCGCUGUUUCUAUUGCAUUCUACAGGUCAUUUAUCUGAGUGAAUCCUACUUGUGAACCUGCUAGAGAUGAAGUGGGAUUAAUCCCCUCUAAAACUUCCUCAGCCAUGAAAGAAAAUGUAUAACACCUGCAAUUAACACUGCUAACCUCUCCUGAAACAUGGCACAGUGACAAUCAGUGACAGAAAAGUCAGGGUGAGAAGACUGGCCUUUUUGAUUGGCUGUACCUGAAGAUUGCUUGACAGAAACCACUAAGAAAGUUUUUAAGUCAUGAUGCAAGAAUCUGGGACUGAGACAAAAAAUAACGGUUCAGCCAUUCAGAAUGGAGGGAGCACUGGGAACCACUUACUAGAGUGCAGCCUACGGGAAGUGAGAUCAAACGGAGAGACACCUUCUGUGGAAAUUGGCGCUGCAGAUCUAGCCCAUCUUCAGCAACAGCAGGCUCUACAGGUAGCAAGACAGCUUCUGUUACAGCAGCAGCAACAGCAACAACAACAACAGCAGCAGCAACAACAACAACAACAGCAGCAGCAACAACAACAACAGCAGCAGCAACAACAAGUUAGUGGUCUGAAAUCCCCCAAGAGGAAUGAAAAACAGCCAGCCCUUCAGGUUCCAGUCUCAGUGGCUAUGAUGACACCUCAAGUUAUCACUCCCCAGCAAAUGCAGCAGAUCCUCCAGCAGCAAGUGCUAACCCCACAGCAGCUUCAGGUCCUGCUUCAGCAGCAGCAGGCACUCAUGCUUCAACAGCAGCAGCUUCAAGAAUUUUAUAAGAAACAACAGGAACAGUUGCAGCUCCAACUUUUACAGCAACAACAUGCUGGAAAACAGCCUAAAGAGCCACAGCAGCAACAGGUGACUUCACAGCAGUUGGCCUUUCAACAGCAGCUUUUACAGAUGCAACAACUGCAACAGCAGCACCUCCUUUCUCUACAACGCCAGGGUCUCCUAACAAUUCAGCCUGGUCAGCCGACCUUGCCAUUGCAGCCUCUGGCUCAAGGCAUGAUUCCAAGUGAACUCCAGCAACUCUGGAAAGAAGUAGCGAGUUCUCACACUGCAGAGGAAGCUGCAAACAGCAACCACAAUAGCUUGGACCUGUCAACGUCAUGUCUCUCUUCCUCAGCCUCUUCAAAGACCUCCUUAAUAAUAAACCCACAUGCCUCAACAAAUGGACAACUGUCAGUCCACACUCCUAAAAGGGAGAGUUUAUCCCACGAAGAGCACUCUCAUAGCCAUCCACUUUAUGGGCACGGAGUAUGCAAAUGGCCAGGCUGUGAAGCGGUAUGCGAAGAUUUCCAGUCAUUUCUGAAACAUCUCAACAGUGAGCAUGCGCUGGAUGAUAGAAGUACAGCCCAAUGUAGAGUACAAAUGCAGGUUGUACAACAGUUAGAGCUGCAGCUUGCAAAAGACAAAGAGCGCCUGCAAGCUAUGAUGACGCACCUGCAUGUGAAGUCAACUGAACCCAAAGCUACCCCUCAACCUCUGAACCUUGUAUCUAGUGUCACACUUUCAAAGACGGCAUCAGAGGCUUCUCCACAGAGCUUACCUCAUACUCCCACCACCCCAACGGCACCCAUCACGCCUGUUACGCAGGGACCUUCCGUCAUCACUACUACCAGCAUGCACAGUGUCGGGCCUAUCCGAAGGCGGUACUCUGACAAAUACAAUGUGCCCAUCUCUUCAGCAGAUAUUGCGCAGAACCAAGAAUUCUACAAGAAUGCAGAAGUCAGGCCACCCUUCACAUAUGCAUCCUUAAUUAGGCAGGCCAUUCUUGAAUCUCCAGAAAAGCAGCUAACACUAAAUGAAAUCUACAAUUGGUUCACGCGAAUGUUUGCCUACUUCAGACGAAAUGCAGCAACGUGGAAGGGUGCUAUUCGCACCAACCUCUCCCUGCAUAAGUGCUUUAUCAGAGUAGAGGAUGAGUUUGGGUCCUUUUGGACUGUUGAUGAUGAAGAGUUUAAACGUGGCCGUCAUAUUCAACGAGGCCGUCCUCGAAAAUUCUGCCCUGAUGAAAACUUUGGCGAGCUUGUUACACAAAACCCUUCACUUAUUAAAAACAUGCAGACCAGCCACACCUACUGCUCACCUCUCAAUGCUGCUUUACAGGCUUCAAUGGCUGAAAACAGUAUAUCGCUGUACACUACUGCUUCCAUGGGAAACCCUACUCUGGGCAGUUUAGCCAAUGCUCUGCGAGAAGAACUUAAUGGUGCAAUGGAGCAUGCGAACAGUAAUGGGAGUGACAGCAGUCCGGGACGUUCCCCUAUGCAAGCAAUGCACCCUGUGCAUGUCAAAGAAGAACCGCUAGAUCCAGAUGAAAAUGAAGGCCCACUAUCAUUAGUGACAACAGCCAAUCACAGUCCAGAGUUUGAUCAUGACAGAGAUUAUGAAGAUGAAAAUGUAAAUGAGGACAUUGAAUGAAUAUGUCUGUGGUUGUGAUCCUGCAAAUGAAGAGCAUGGGGACAGAGGGGAAAAAUGUACUUCAAAAUUAGCUGUGAAAUCUGUCCCCAUUAUUUGUACAGUCUGGAGGAGGAUACGUUUGGUCUAUUUUGACAGCUAUGAAAUAUGUUAACUCUUAGUGCCAUCAAGUAUCCCAUUUGGGAGUAUUUUUGAUUUUUCUACUUUUUGUUGAAAAAAAAAACAAAGAAAUUUGUACUCUGUGCAUUGGAUGGACUUGUUUGGUACUUGGGAUUCCCUCUCACAGUCAACAUCAGUGUUGUAAAUUUGUUCAACUAAUUCAUUUAUCCACAAUUUGGCAGCAGACUUUGGACUGCAGUUCUUCCAGUUUGGGACACUGAAGACGUCAGAGUGAGCAUGUACACGUAAAUGGCAGAUCAAGCCUUUGCCCAGAUUUUAAGGAUUCCAAUGGACAACUUAUUUGCACAGUAUCGCAUGUUGAUUAUCACUGCCUUUACUUUUUUUUCCUUCCAUUUGGGAUGGGGAUGUCAUGGGAUAUGUAUGUGCGUGCAUGUGUGGCCACGCAUAUAUACUGAAGAGGGAUUAAAAGAGAAUUCUCCCAAUUUUUUUAGUGAAUAGCUUUGAUUUCCUCCCCUCCUCCUCCUACACCAUUUAAGUUCUGACCUCAGGCCUCAACUGGCCAAGGCCUUUUGGGGCUUACUGUUUUCUGUACUUCUGUGAUGAAUGUUAAUAGGUGUGUUUAUUAUACAAAACUGAAUGUCCAUUGAAUUGUUUGUAGUUCUUUUUCUGACAUUCAUUCUUGUUUCCUUCAGAUGUCAUCAUGCGUUCUUUAGCUUUGGAAAACAUUCCAUUUUUGGGCUAUAUGUCCCCUCCACCCGGGAAAGGUUCUCUUAAUGCUGCUGUAACCUGUGCAAACAUAUCUUCCAGCAGAAAAAGGCAGUACUGCAAGAGUGAGAAUGAAAGGCAAACCACCAUAGAAAUUGUGUAGAAUGUGAUCCAAAAGUCAUUCCAGAGAGCAGCAACAAUAUAUAUAUUGUUGUCUUCUUGGUUUGGAGGUUAUUCUUCUGAGUUUUUAUUUGUUUGCUUUUGAAGCAAGGGUGACUUUUUUUAAACACAAUUUAACAGCACCAAAAAAAUUGAACAGAAACCAACCAACACAGCUGAUGUCAAAAAUUAAUAUCAAAACUUAAGGCUGUUUGUGUCUUAAUAUGAAUUUCUGGUCCAUCAAAUCGUUCUGAAAUAUCUAUUUGUGUAGAAGAUCCAUAUUUGCAAACAAGCUAUUGUACGUGGUGGUUCUUCAUAAGUUAAUACAGUUUGAGGAUAGAUUUGUGCCAUUCUCUAGUUCAAACAGAAUUCAGGAGCCAGAUUCAAUUUGCUGAGGAAAUCAGUAAGGCUCUUGUAAUAAUAGUAUCUAGGCAAAUUGUGUUAUUACACAAGAUCAUUCCAACAUCUUACACCAACCAGUAUGAGAAAGUAACAAUUGGGUGAGUAAGCUGUGUUGCAAAUCGCAGUGUUUUUCAGAGCAAAUAUGGAUGGACAGCUGCUGUUAAAAUCUCAGAACCCCUUUAUCACUGGACAUCUAAACACUGUCAUUCUCCAGCCACUUCUCUGUAAUUCACUUAUUUAUGUUGGACUAUAACUUUUUAAUUUCAAAAGCUUUUCUGAUCUUAACUUAUAUUUUACUUCAUGCUUUCCCUCCCCCUUAAAAUUACCAAAGAUAUUACACAAAGGUAAAUUAUGUUCUCUGUUAUAUGCUUUAUCUUAUGAAGCCAAAUAUCCUCUUAUUGUUGAUCAAAGGAGGUGAAAAAAUUUAGAAGCAAAUGUCAAGAUGUGGGCUAUGGCUAACCUGAGAAGGAAAACUGCUCCUUUGUAGAGUAUGAUGUAGACGUCCAAGUAGAUGGCUGAACCAAAGUCGUUGUUUUAAUUUGUGUUUCUUUACAGUGACCUAUAAAGAGAGAGCUUUUUAAAGGCUCAAAACUAGGGAACAGUAUUAAGUGAAGAGCGCACGGAAAGGGCAGCAUGUCAUCUGGAGAAUGAAAGGAAGGAAUCUGUUUUUGCAGAAAAACUAGAGCAAAAUGAAACAGUUCCAUAACAUACGGAGCUUUCACAACUUAAACUGAGCCUUAUAAGAGUAGAAUUGGAAGAAGUUGUGUUUAGGCUUAAGUUAGGUGUUUGGCCUUACAAAUCCCAUUCCCUUUUCUUAAAAGCUAGCUAACAGGCCAAUUUCUUUUUCACUUGGUUUAUCAGUGCACAAGAAUUUAGAAUGGUUGUGACUGUCGUUCUGUUAGAAGUUUUUAUCUUUUUUAUUUUUGGUCAGCAUCUGUCACCUGGAAGAAGAGUCUUGUCUCCUUAUAAACUAAUGCUACAUUUGCCAUUAACCUAACAGGAUACAAAUGACUUUUUUUAAACCGCCCCCCCCCCGCCAGCGAAAUAUAUCAAAGCUGAACUUUUAUUUUUCCUUCCCUGAUUUAUUUUUUGUAAGGAGGGCAGUCUGUGGUCAUUUGAAACAUUACAAAACAAACCUGUAUUCAGGAAGCUCCAUAAUGUACAGGAGGUAGCCAGAUGGGAUCAUAAGAAGCGAUCUAUCCCUGUGCUUCAAAACUGAGUGGUUUUGCUGGUUAGCUUGGUAUUCAGAAAGGGGAUAAAAAUCUGGUAGAUUAGUUCAUUCUCAGCAUGUGUAGCUAGACAUGAGUAAAGAUAACAGCAUGAGAAACUGUUAGUACGCAUACCUCAGUUCAAACUGUUAGGGAAUGAGUAAAUAAAAAACUUUAAAAACUACAUUUCACUCAGUUGCACUUAGUUGUAUGUCUUGCAUGCAUAGUCUAAAGACUGUAGCAAAAUAAUAAAUGAGAAAAGGAAAUAAAAAUAAUUAGACUUACCAUAACUUGCAGGUAUCGCUGCCCUGCAGAGGAACCAAGAGAAAAAUCUCAGGCUUUACAUCAAGCAAAUUUUGCUAUUUUUUACAAAUUUCAGAUUCUGUGUCCCUUUGGAUAAUAACAAUUGUUCCUAUAGGGUGGGGUUUAUUAUGUUGUACAUAUAUAGCCCAAUGUGUCUCUGUGAUCCUUUUUGUCUUUUGGUGGGUAGGGGGUGGGAUGGCAGGGGAAGGAGAUGGGUGGGGGAGGGGAAAGGUCCUUUUUUAAAGCUAUCAUUCCUUAAAAGGAAUAAAUUCAUACAUGUUUGUCAAAACACCUUUUGCUUUUUGUGCAACUGCUUUAUAUUAACUAUACUUUUAAAAAAAUGCUUUGAAAAGAAAUCCUACUAUAUGUAAUGGAAUUGCAGAAUAUGCUGCACAUGUAUUUUAUUUAGUUAUCCUUGCUUUAAGACUAUUGGAUGACAUUUGCUGACAUGUGGGAGAAAAUCCCAAACUCUAUGGUUUUGGUUUUGGCAGAUUUUUUUUUCCUUUUUUGGCUUCUAAAAUGUAACAUAGUUGACAGAUGAUUUCCCCCAUUCUGUUAUGGAUCAAAUCAUUUUUGUACAAUUUUUUUUGCUGUUGUCGUUAUGCCAUUUCGUGUUGUCUUUUUGUUUUUAAAUACUUUCUCCACCCCUUCUGUUAUUCCCUACUACUGCCUGUUUCUGGCAGUCUUAAGGGGGAAAAAAGAAAAAAAAAACUUUCAAAAAUGUUUUCUCCUGCUGCAGUAAAUACUUUGCAUGAUGAAUUCCAAGGUCACACUUUCAAAGUUUAUCAGUGAAGUAGUGAUUAAUAAUGGAGAGUGUCAAAAUUAUUGAACUUUUGUAUAAAAAAACUUUACAAGGUG